GUGUAAAACGAGUGGAUUAAUUGAUAAGGUCGUGUAUACCGUUACACAAAAAUGAAAUAAAUUAUUCUUCAUUAAAUAAAUAAAAAUAGAAUUAUUUGUGGCGAACAUUUAGAAAAUGCAUCGUCUAGUUUUAGUGAAACAAUGAAAGAAGAAUGGAAAGUUUGAAAAUAAGGGAAAUAUUCAAUGAAAAGAAAAUAUUGUGGUUGGCCGCGCGUUGUAUCGCAUAGGAGGCAUGGUAUCCCCAUUCAAGGUCCAGCAUCCGGAGCGAAAACAGCGGGAAAUUAAUACCAAGAAAAUAAGCAGAAAUUCUCUCACACAAUCGCCGAAGAUUCCUACUCCAAAGUUAUUGGAAAAAAAGUGUUUUUACUUGGAUAUUAAGAAUUAUGCUGUUUCAGCCAAGUUAGAGGCUAGAAUUAAAGAAUUUGGCGGGACGAUUGAAGUAUUUUUAGUGAGAAACGUCGAUAUUGUGAUUAGUGACCGUGUUGAUAAGACAGGACAGACAAAUUCAGAUAAACGCAAAUGGGGUUACGCCAGUGGAGGGAGCGGGGGGCCCCCCUCGCUGAGGAGUAUAGAGGCCCCAACACCAACUCCAACACCCCCCACACCAUAUUUAAAUGCUGAUGGUCCCCUUUCAAAUUCGACAAAUCUACGGGUCCAAACUACCCAAAGAACAAAAUCGCGAGCGGAUGCAAUGUUGGAGCGUGCUCUGACACAGCCACUGCAGUGUUCCGUGGAUCCACUUAAAAACGCUCAAACCUGGAAUAUUCCCAUUUGGGCACCUGAGAAACUUCAAGCGUGGCUCGAUAAAAUCUACACGUCUUAUAAAGAUACACACAUCCAGCAAAAAAAUCAAUCAGUUUCGUCGAAAAAUUUGAAUAUCAAACAAUUGAAAGCACCUUACAUCAAGUUCGAGUCCUAUCACAGGGAAACGAAACCCGUGUUUCUGGAAUUACAAUCUUGGCCGACGAUCAAUUUUGACGGUGAACGUGGUUCAUGUCCGUUUGUAUUCAAGCGGCGUUCAAAGAAAGAGGCAUCUGAAAGCAAAGAAACCAAGGAAAACUGGGAGGCUGCAAACGUAAAUAAGGAAAAGGGCAAAGAAAUGACACGUAGGCCUCGUGCCACAACUCGUGCUCGCAGGGCAGAACAACUUGUUUCUGGAUACUGCGAAAUCUGCCGCUCCGAGUAUCGAGAUCUAACAAAACAUUUGCAAACCGAAAAGCAUUUGAGUUUCGUACAAAAUGAAGAUAAUUUCUUGUCCCUUGAUAGACUUAUCAGUACUGGCGCUAGCGUCGAGGCAUUUUUGAAACUUAACUCGUCAAACGAUGUCAGAAAGGACUGUAAACUGUUUCCGAACGGUGAUUCGAGUCUUCAUGACAACACAGUGUUGUCAGAGCAAGGGAACAAAUCACCAACGGAAAAUCUUGACAAUUUUAGUGUUGACGAGAUUAAAAUGGUUCAGUGUAAUGGUGCGCGAAGGAAUCUUAAUUUAAAAUUAGGUUCUUCCCAUAAUUUACGAACACGUGCCAAACAUGAGAGUGGACAUUUAUUAAGAUCAAAGGGCCGAUCGUGGAACGAUGAUGAUAAGGGCAAUGAUAAGAACUAUAAUGAUAAAUUCGAGGGUUUUACGAUCAAAAAAAGAGCAAAGGGAACAAUUUGGAUUGAGGAAGACGAUCCAAAUGAUGAGAAAUCCGAGAAUGAAAGUAUAAAAGAUGAUGAUAACAACGAAGAGUGUAAUGAAAAAGUUCUUAUUAAUCACGAGGAGGACUUUAAGGUAACACUUCGUAAAAGUAAUGGUCACAGUGAAACGAAUAAUUAUAAUGGAAGGGAGGUAAAGACAAGAAGUGAUAAUAAUCAUCAUCUCUCCGAUAUCAAUGGUAAACGGAAAAAAGAUUCAAGUCCAAGGUUAUUAAAUGGUCACGAGGCAAAUGAAAAUGAAUCGCAGAACGUGAAGAAGGAGGUGAGUAAAAAGGAAUCUUCAGUUAAAAAUUCAUCGAUUAAAGAAAUGAAUGGGGAAAUUGGUAAGGAGGAGAAUAUUGACGUUCCUUGUAAUAUUGAUGACGAGGAGGAGAAGGAAUGUCGUGGUUUUAAGGCCCAAGAUGAGAAGGACGAUAAAGCGAGGGGUAUAAAAUUUAGUCGUCGUGGCGGAAGGAGUUACAAGGGUCGUCAGAGAUUGUCGGUUGAGGAGCGAUUAAUUGAGGAUAAUCGUGCCUAUUACAAGGUCGAGGUACUUGGUAGUAAAUUAAGAUCGAGCGUUAUUCCACCACCGUUGCCGCCUGUUGUUGUUGUUGCCGCCGCCGCUGUCGAGAAAGAGGUUUGCGAGGAGGAGAAAAAAGAUGAGGGACCGUCGAGUGAAAAACCCGUUGUUGUGCGUUUUAAACGUGUUCGAAAAUCGGAACUUUCCUUACUCAGCGAUGAGGCGGAAUCAUUUAUGUUCGGUGAGACUAGGCGUGACGAUUCAAGUGAAGCUAGUGAAAAUGAACAAUCUAGUGUUUUACCAAAAGACAGUGAAAGUGAACGUGAAAAUACAUUGAAUUCGAUAAAUCUCAGUUCGUCGGACAAUGAGCAAGUGAAACAGGAAGGUGGCGAUGAUUCUCAAGAUUCGAAUGCAAAAAAUUGCAAGAAAAGGAGGCGUACACAAGCUGAGGCAUUAAUAAUGGAUAAUGUCGAUUAUUAUAAAUUCGAAACACCAGGUAGUCGAUUAAGAUAUCAAGCACCAAUUACAGGAAUUGAACUUACGAAAAAUGAAAAUUUAGACGAAACAAAUUGUAAGGAGGAUGAUCGAACGGUCGAUAGAUUAUUACCAUCGAAACCAUCGCCUGAAAUUGAGAGAAUGCAAUUUUCCUUCGAGGCAAUACCAAAAUCGGAACCAUGGUAUCAAACUUAUCAACGACAGGAUGAGGGCGAGGAAUUUUGGCAUUAUUUCAGUGAAUCAAAUGAGCCGAAACCAUUUUUAUUACCUUAUGAGAUUGAGAAUUUUCAUGAGACACUUUUGAAGAGGUUACACAAAAUGGAUGGGAGGAGAAAAAGUCGAGGUCGUGGUACGUAUGUUGGAAGAUCGCCAAGAAAAAGUCCAAGGUGCCAUGCUUCCACAUUGGCGAUUAUGUCGACAAUUAUCAGAAAACGUGAACAGCAACAGCAACACACUCCAAAUUUAACGAUUAUCGAUGAGGAGAGUGUUGGAAAAUUAGAAACGAGUUUUAAAGUUGAGGUUAAAGUAAAGUCUGAUGUUGAUGAAGAUCUCAAGGAAAUUGCGAAGAAUAUUGACGAGAUGUUGUCUUCGAAUGACAUGCAGGACGAAAUCAAUCCGUUCGAGGAGGAUUUUCUCUCAAACACCGAGGAGACAGCUGUGGAGGAAACGCAAUUACCAAAAGGUGCGCCGGUGAAUUUAUUGGAAUUACUGGAAAAUUGUCACGAUCUCGUCCCUUGCCUCGAAAAUUCAUCGUGUGCAAGUUCCGAUUGUGGCGAUGGUAAUGGCGAAUCACCACUAAAACGUCGUAAACGUAGGAAAAAUCGUACAGGCUGGCCGGGAAAUAAAUUACGACGGAAAUUGCAUAACAAACAAUUGUCAGCAUUCGAAGCUGAGAAGAAAUUAGAAACUGCCGAACUUCCAUCUCUAAAAGAAGAUGUUUGCGAAAGACUUGAAUCACCAAUCGAAAAUGAAUGCACUGAUAAUAAUUCCAAAACAUGUUCACAUGAAAAUAACGAGGAAAAACGAACGAGAUCACAAAACACUCCCGACAGAAGAAGUCAACAUUCUGAUGAAUCAAAAGAUCCUGAAGCAUGUAAACGGGUUCAAAAUUCAGAUGAUUCAAAAGUAGGAAAGUCUUCCAAAGUGAAAGAAUUCUCGGAGACGGAAGUGUCUACGAAAAAUAAUGAGGAUUCGGAGAAUUUAGCAAAGGAAAAAGAAAUAUCGUGCGAUGAGGAAUUGAAUAGUAAAGAAACGGAAGAUGAGGAUGAGACUUCGCGUUUGGGUAAGAGGGAGAGGAGUUUACUUUCGGAAAAGGAGGAAAGAAGUUCACAAUCAAAGAAGAAGGAUUCUAGCUCUGACACUGUGAAACAACCAACUGAAUCAUCUUCUUCUCAACUCUCGGAAAAUUCUUUGGCUAACGAUGAGAAUUUGAAAAUGGGAAAUAGAAAACGUCAACACCUCUCGGCGACAUCAUCGGAGAGGGAAACACUCGCCAAGAGAUUAAUGAGAAAUAACGUUGUCUCAUCACCGAGAAAGCGUAAUAUGAAAAAAUCGAUAAUUCUCAAUCGUAAAUGUCGUCGUUCAACGGGUGGCUCAUCAGAGACGCGAAGUGGUGUUAUUAAUUUUAAGAAACAGUGUAAAGCAAGACGAAGGCCAAUGCAAUCGAGUAGUAGUCGUUCAUCGGGCGGCAUAAGAAUUUCCACAACGUCGUCGUCAAUAAUUGACGAUGAAAAUUGUAAACAAAAAAGUACAUUUGUAAAUAUUUCAUCGAGAACGCGAUUAAGGAGAGUGAGAGAUGGCCUCUCAUCAGAAAAUGGUGAUCUCGAUUGUCCACUCUCAGAACGGGUCAACUCGCCGGUCGCGACGCCAACCGAUUUACAAAAUAGACGUUCGAGCAUCGAGUUUCAACCUGUUGUUAGAGUGAUGAAGAUCGAGGAUCAAGUCGAUCGUGAUCAUAGUAUUCUAUCAGUGGCCGUCGCAAGUAAUCGUCGUUUAAGAAGUUCCGGCUCAUCGAAAUCGAGUAGUCAACCGCCGAAGAAACGUUUUAAAAGUGGCCGGGGACAUUUUAGUCGAUGGUUGAAAAGUAGUUGAGGAUUUCAUAAAAAACAAAGUGUACCUCGGUACGAUCACGGAAACAAAUAAAUAAUCAAUUCUCCUCGUACCCCCCUCGCUGAAAAAGGAAAUCUCCCCCUUAACAGACUGACUCUUAUAAAAUAUUUGUUCCGGAUCGUCCGCACGUGUACAUUCUGUACAAAUGGUAUUUGUGUAUCUUUAGUAUUUAAUACCGCUGACACCAUAGUUUAGUGUAUACUAUUAUAAUUAUACAGUGAGAGCAUUUUCAAAACGAAAUAUUUUUCUUUUCACUUUAACAAAAUCGGUGAUAUUUGAGAUAUUACUAUUAAUUAUAAUAUUGGCAGUUGAAAAUUUUCAUUAGAAAAAACUAGUUUUUCAUUGUAAGAAAAUAUGAAUUAAUUUUCGUAUAUUGACAACAGUUUCUACCAGUCAAGAUUUUUUUUAAUAAUACUUGUUCUUUUUUUUAUUUCAAAAAAAAUUAUGAAAAAGAUUCUAUUCAAAUUCCAAUUUUUAAAAUAUUUAUCUUUUUCUUAUUUUCGA